AAUGAAUUUCUUUCAUCCACUUCUACAAACUCUUUAAUGUAAGUAUCUAUAUUCUAUUUAUUUAGUCAUGCGUUUCAAUCUCAGUGCAGAUAGACAACAAACUACUCUAAAUCUCCUUAAUCAACCUAUCAAAGUUGAAGAGAACGACUAACUCCUCCCUCCUAUAUAUCAAAUGACGUAAUAGGAACUAUUAUAACGACACAUUGUUGACUCAGCAACUCAUGGAUUAUAAAUAUAGACUCUUCCAAAGGAAUAAGACCCACCAAAAACAAUCAAUAAGAAAAUGUAUGUUGUUUAAAUAUCUCUUAGAAGUAAAAAAGCCAAUACUUGUGGUCAUCCAGACAAAGAACAUUAUGCUAAAGGAAUGUGCAACAAUUGUUAUCAUCGUUUAGGUAGAAACAAAUAACCUUGGUUAUGUUCACACAAAAAAUUAUAUGCAUGUAAAUAAUCAUCUUGAUCUUCUAGGUGGACUUUGUUAAAAUUGCUAUAUCAAUCAAUAUAACAAAAAAAGAAGAGUCGAAAAUCAAGAUUAAUAAGAUUCAGAAUUCAACAAUUAGUCUUGCAUACCCAAAACAGAUAAUUGAU